AUGGUGGGAAAUGAGCAAAAGUUUGGGGCUUUUUGGAAGAGGAUUCAAGCAUAUUUCAACAAUAGUCUCCAACUCAUUGGCCCAGAUGCUAAGGAGGCGAGUCAGUGUAAACAACGAUGGGGGAGGCUGAACGAGCAAGUCUGCAAGUUUGUGGGUUGCUUUGAGGCGGCAAAGAAUGAGCAAACCAGAGGCCGAAAUAAGAACGACCUGAUGAAGGCAGUACAGGAGAUUUUCUACAAUGAUUACCAAGAGUCUUCAGCUCAGUCACCAAGCUACCAAGAUGAAGCCUCAACAAAAGAGGUAUCACAGGCACGUCUGGGUGGUGUUAAGGCUGCGAAAGCUGGAAAAGCUAAGAGGAAUGGAAUGCCUUCAACUUCUGGUACAGAAGCAGGAAAGGCUCUUGUGGAGCUACAGAGUCUGUGGGACAUCAAAAAACAAGAUUUGGAGAUGAAACAGCAGCUGUCAAGGCAGAAGCUACUUGAAAAUUUACUAGCAAAAAAUGAGCCACUUUCUGACAUAGAAAUGGCUCUUAAGCACAAACUAAUUACUGAAAUGUUGUUAUAA